AUGGCUGCGACUUGGCGUAACAUGUCGGCUGGUGACAUGCAAGGCCUCAUGCGCGUCGCCGACGAGGUGCACCCUGGCCUCCCUGAGAGCGAACGCGUCUUCGCUGAGCGCGUGCGGCUUUUCCCAGAAGGCUGCCUCGCGCUUGCCGACGGCGAUAAUAACAUCCGCGGCUACGCCAUCUCACAUCCCAUCCGCCGGCGAAACCCUCCAGCACUAGAUAGCAUGCUGGGAGACAUUGCCCCCGACGCGGACCAGUACUACAUCCACGACCUUGCCAUUCUCCCUGGCUCCCGCGGUCUCGGCCUGGCAGCGGAGUGCAUGGCCACACUGCUGGCCGUGGGUGAGCGCUACCCGACCACAUGCCUCGUCUCUGUGUACGGCACUGUGCCGUUCUGGGGCCGCUUUGGCUUUGCGUCGGAGCCCGUCGAUGCCACUCUGCAAGAGAAGCUGCGCGCCUACGGAGACGAUGCCGUGUACCUCGUGCGUCAGAGUGGCCCAGCUGUCGACCGAUGA